AUGGAGGCCAUGCCGGCCGACGAAGCUGCUCCGGACACUGGCCCCGACGAGCCGCCUGUAACAGCGAAACCAACAGCGCCGUCCCAGCCGGAGAAAGCUUCGGAUGCUCCCCGCUCUGGGCUAGAUUUUCUUAGAGCUACGGCUGCUCCCGUCACACCUGAACCGCCUAGGUCUACCGUUCACGACUCUGCCCCUGUAGUAACCCCUACUCCUACUGCUUCUCCUAUUCCCGUCCCGUUCACUCUCCCCCCGGCUGUUGCUGGCUGCAGCAAAGAUCCUCCACCGCCCUCGCCCAGUCCUACUCCAAGCACGGUGCGGGUGUCCCUUGGCCCGCCGUCGGCUACUUCCGCUCCCAAGCGUGCGCGAUCUGGUAAGUGGGCGCAGAGUACUCUGCUGGUGGGAGGCCGCCGUAUUCCACCGCCGGAAAAGCCCGAUGAGCCUGCACAGAAAGAAGCUGAGCUGCCGGAAGAAGGUGACAUCCCGGUGCGCGCGGAUACCGGCUCGCCGGCACUCACCAAGACGCAGCUGCGAGAGCAGAUGUACCUGGAGGCGAGUAUUAAUUACGAGACGAAGUGGGCGGGAUACUUUUCUUGGCUUGUGUUUGGGAAAACCAAGGACGGUUUCCCGUACGUGAAGUGCAGCAUCUGCAUGUCGUACGGUAAGGGGAACACGAGGUACGCCAUGCAGGGAGACGACGGAGGCCGUGACUUGCAGACGCAGUCGUUCCGGGCGCACGAGCAUACGGACGCACACAUGGCGGCGGUGGACCGCCAGAUGAAGAUUGCGGCGGGAAUCCGCGAGGGGCAGCAGGUGAUUUCGGACUUCAUCAACUCCGACGUCGAGGGCCGCCGCGCGAUACGGCUGAUGCGGUCGACUCAGUUCCUGUGCCAGUGCGACGCGCCGAUUAGCAUGUUUCCUAAGCUGAUGCGGCAUCUUGCGGAGCAGGACACGCCAGACAUUCCCCGGCAGUCGUACGGCGUUUAUCUCGCGCGUGAGGCGUUGGCUGUGAAGGACGCCGCUGACUCAAACCCGGAUCUCGGCAUGGUCGACAAGGUGGUGCGCACUGUGGCGACUCUGCUCGGAAACUCCAUCGUGUGGAGUCAGCGGUUCAAGUACCUGCAGCGUGUCAUUUACAAGACCAACCUGGAAGUCCAAGGCAUCCACACGGUGCGGUGGCUGUCUCGAGGAGAUGCGGUGGCCAGGCUGUGCAAGGUCCUCGGCGCUUGCAUCGUGCUGCUCUGGGAGCACAAUCACAAGGCGUACGAGAUUGUCACCUGCUACAAGUUUCAGUUCUGCUUGUUUUUCUUGGCCGACAUCUUGGCGGACAUGAACGACCUCAACCGCUGCUUCCAGAGACGAGAGGACGCCGCUGACUCAAACCCGGAUCUCGGCAUGGUCGACAAGGUGGUGCGCACUGUGGCGACUCUGCUCGGAAACUCCAUCGUGUGGAGUCAGCGGUUCAAGUACCUGCAGCGUGUCAUUUACAAGACCAACCUGGAAGUCCAAGGCAUCCACACGGUGCGGUGGCUGUCUCGAGGAGAUGCGGUGGCCAGGCUGUGCAAGGUCCUCGGCGCUUGCAUCGUGCUGCUCUGGGAGCACAAUCACAAGGCGUACGAGAUUGUCACCUGCUACAAGUUUCAGUUCUGCUUGUUUUUCUUGGCCGACAUCUUGGCGGACAUGAACGACCUCAACCGCUGCUUCCAGAGACGAGAGGACGCCGCUGACUCAAACCCGGAUCUCGGCAUGGUCGACAAGGUGGUGCGCACUGUGGCGACUCUGCUCGGAAACUCCAUCGUGUGGAGUCAGCGGUUCAAGUACCUGCAGCGUGUCAUUUACAAGACCAACCUGGAAGUCCAAGGCAUCCACACGGUGCGGUGGCUGUCUCGAGGAGAUGCGGUGGCCAGGCUGUGCAAGGUCCUCGGCGCUUGCAUCGUGCUGCUCUGGGAGCACAAUCACAAGGCGUACGAGAUUGUCACCUGCUACAAGUUUCAGUUCUGCUUGUUUUUCUUGGCCGACAUCUUGGCGGACAUGAACGACCUCAACCGCUGCUUCCAGAGACGAGAGGACGCCGCUGACUCAAACCCGGAUCUCGGCAUGGUCGACAAGGUGGUGCGCACUGUGGCGACUCUGCUCGGAAACUCCAUCGUGUGGAGUCAGCGGUUCAAGUACCUGCAGCGUGUCAUUUACAAGACCAACCUGGAAGUCCAAGGCAUCCACACGGUGCGGUGGCUGUCUCGAGGAGAUGCGGUGGCCAGGCUGUGCAAGGUCCUCGGCGCUUGCAUCGUGCUGCUCUGGGAGCACAAUCACAAGGCGUACGAGAUUGUCACCUGCUACAAGUUUCAGUUCUGCUUGUUUUUCUUGGCCGACAUCUUGGCGGACAUGAACGACCUCAACCGCUGCUUCCAGAGACGAGAGCUGGACGUGACUGUGAUUGCGAAGACGAUCGAGUCCACAACGAGUGACCUGACGGAGCGCUACUUGACGCCAGAGAAAGCUUUCGGGGGCGAAGGGAAGAGCUGGCUGGUGAACUUCCUCAAAGUUCACAAGGAGGGUGGAGGCAAGCAGGUCCGGGUGCGCGGCGUGGACGGUGCUGGACGCCCGAUCAACCACCUGUACACCAUGCAUGAGCGGAAGCUGAAGGGGCACAAACACGGAAGCACCUACGCAGACUGCGUGAAGCUGUGCCGCAAAUUCGCCCGUGACUGCGUGGACAACCUCAACAACCGACUGGAUGACCUUGGGAAGCUGGGGCCGACGAAGCUGUUCCAGGCGGGGAAGUGGCCGAAGAUCAAGGCCCAGCGAGAGAAGAAGUGUAAGGAGUGGCUGAACGGAUGCAGCAGGCUGUUCCGCAACAAGCUGCUGGGAUUCGACCUCAAAGCAGCAGAGAGGGAGCUUCCAACCUUCUGCGCGAUCAUGGAGGCACACCAUGAGAUGAAGAGCUUCACCCAGGGCCUGUCCAACUUCCUUGGGAGCGCAGACUCCAAGAGGUAG